CUGAGCUGGGCCAUGGCGGGCACACGGGCACAGGGCCGCCUCCUGCAUUCGCUCGGCCAGCUGUGCUGUGGCUGCAGCCCCUGCCGCGGGCUCCGUGUCUCCACCGGCACCCGCAUCCUCUACACCCUGCUGCACGUCCUGGCCUCUGCCGUGUGCUGCCUCAUGCUAUCCCGCACCGUGGCACAAGCCUUCCGGGAGCAGGUGCCCUUCUCAGCAGUGCUGUGUCAACACCUCCCCGGGGGCAGGGACUGCGAGUGGCUGGUGGGCUCUUCGGCCGUGUACCGGGUCUGCUUCGGCACCUCCUGCUUCCACCUGGCCCAGGCUGCCCUGCUCCUCAACGUGCGCUCCAGCACCGACUGCCGUGCCCAGCUCCACAAUGGGUUCUGGCUCCUGAAGGUGCUGGUGCUGGUGGGGCUCUGUGCUGCCAGCUUUUUCAUCCCUGAAGAAGGCUUCAUGCAAGCCUGGCACUACACUGGAGUCUGCGGGGGCUUUGCCUUCAUCCUCAUCCAGCUGGUGCUGAUCACGGCCUUCGCACACACCUGGAACAAGAACUGGCUGACGGGCGCCGCACAGGACAAGCGCUGGUACUUGGCCGUGCUGAUGGCCACUGCCGCCUUCUACACCCUCGCCUCUGCCGCCUUCUCUUUCCUCUACAAGUUCUAUACCCACCCAGCUGCCUGCAACCUCAACAAAGUGCUGCUGACCCUCAACGGGAGCCUCUGCGGGGUCAUGUCCUUCAUCUCCAUCACCCCCUGUGUGCGGCUCAAGCAACCACGCUCAGGGCUGCUGCAGUCCUCCAUCAUCAGCUGCUAUGUGAUGUACCUCACCUUCUCUGCACUGUCCAGCCGUCCCCCAGAGAGAGUGCUCUACAAGGGGCAGAACAUCACCGUCUGCUUCCCAGGGGUUCGGCAGGAUGAGCUGCAGGCCGAGGACACCACCGUGGCCAUCCUAGGGGCUGCCAUCAUGUACGCCUGUGUGCUCUUUGCAUGCAAUGAAGCCUCCUACCUCGCCGAGGUCUUCGGGCCUCUUUGGAUGGUCAAAGUCUACAGGUUUGAGUUUAAAGAACCCUCCUGCUGCUUCUGUUGCCCUGACAAGAUGGAGGAGGAGCUGAGAGGUGGGUGCCAGGGGGAUUCAGGCACCACCUGUUGUAAGACACACUCAGAAGCCCAUGCCCAGCGUGGGGGUGCUGGUGGGGAGGGGGUGCAGGAGCUGCUGAGCCCCUGCACCUUCCCAGGCACCCGGAAGACGUGUGAGCAAGUGGAAGAGAUGGAUGAGGGACAGUGGAUGGUCCAGGAUGAGCGAGACCGGGUGGUCUACAGCUACUCAGCCUUCCACUUUGUCUUCUUCCUUGCCUCACUCUAUGUCAUGAUGACCCUCACCAACUGGUUCAGCUAUGAGGACGCGGUGUUGGAGACCACCUUCACGCAUGGCAGCUGGUCAACCUUCUGGGUGAAGGCGUCGUCGUGCUGGGCUUGCGUCCUGCUCUACCUGUGGCUACUGCUGAGCCCCUUCUGCCUCCACAGCUCCCCCCAGCAGCAACGCAACAGCCACUCCCUGCGUGUCCUGCGGCGACGUCGCGCCCCGCAGCGCAUCAGCGUCUCCACGUAGCCCCUGCAGGGACGGACUGUGCCCGGCCCCAAGCGGCAGCUGCCGGGGAUCGUCUCUGCCGCAUCCUGGCCCUGGACCCUGUCCCAGGAGACGGCGGCACCAGAGAGGCCGGGGGUACUCAGGAGGUGGCUGCUCCCAGGACGCUUGUCUUGUGUGGGGCCAGAACCAGCUGAGAGGCCGGCUGGGUGGUGAUGUACUUGUAAAUAGCUCCUUCAAUGCAUUUUUACAUAAAACUCUGAGCUGAGCCUCUGCCGUGGAGCUGGGCAGCGGGUUGUCCCAGUGACAGCCCCAUCUAUACAGCAGCCACGGCCACAGGCAGCUUUGGGGUGGCUCUGCUGGAGGAAGGGACAAGCAGGGGUGUCAGAGCAGGGAUUGCUGGCAUGGGGCUCCAGGAGGGCAUUCAGCUCUUCACUGGUGCCCCAGCACAGACCUGGUGGAGCCCCUGGAGUGGCCAAAUCCCACAACCCCUAGUACACAAGGAUGGGUCCAGGACAACGCAGUGCUGGCUGCAGUGUUCUGAAAGAUGCCCAUGAGCCAUCAGGGCACCAGCCUGGCCCAGCGGUGGGGACAGUGCAAGGACAGGGGCCUCAAACAAGCACCUGCCCAGGCAGCAGGGCCCAAUGACCUGCCCUAGGACACCGGGAACAAUGCCAGACCCUGGGGUCCUGUGGGCACCAUACUGUGCUGCACUGCGCUGCCAGGCCCUUCAGCAAGAGGAAGCUGUCUGCCUUUGCACCAGAGGUAGCCAGCAACUCCCCAUCCAUUGCAAAGGGCCGGGAGGGGGCAGCCGGGGCUCCCCACACCCUGCAUUGGCCCCCACAGCUGCUUGUCUCAUACCAGGGGCCAAGAGAAGGACCCACAGCCACCUGCCCCGUAUACUGUCUGGCGCUGGCAGGAGAUGGGCACAGGGAAGUCCGGCUUCCUGCUGCAACUCUGCACCACCAAGUUCAGAGGAGACAUCUCCAGCACUCUUGGUACCCCCAGCACCUUCCCCAGGCACCCAGGUGGGUCAGGGGCACUGGAGCAGCAUCUGACUGUCCCUCCCAGCAAGGGUGGACUUCCCGAUAAAGCAGAUGCUGGUGGAUGGAGAGCAAACCACACUACAGAUCAA